UGCUAAAAAAGAACACAAGCAUUCCCGACCAUUUUAUCACAUGGGGAUCCCAUUAAAGAAAACUGGGCAGUUACAGUUACUUUCAUACAUUUGCUCCAUAAGACAGAAUGGAAUGAUUUAUAAUUUAACAUGACAGUGAUUGGCAGAAUGACGUCACCCAUAAAUUAACACUACAGUGACUAAUAGUAUGACUUGUCUUGUAAAUCAAAUGGUAGUGAUUGACAGCAUGGCAUGACUCAUAAAUUGACAUACCAGUUCCUUCGUUGUCAGGAGGAACAAAUCAGACUUGGUUUGCUUAAAGUCCACUCGGACAGAUUUUGCUGGAGCGAAGAAGCACAAGCGGGUACACUCACUGCCCAGUUGGAAAUGGGUGAUUUCCAAGCUGUUAAAAGGGUGGAGAGAAAGAAAAUAGACGAGAUGAAGCUGCCUGAAAAGCUUACUUACACGCUACCAACUAGUGAUGCAUCGUCUAUGAAAAUUUUCGCGAAACUGUUGAGCGGAAGCUUCGAGACGCUCUUGGAAACUGAACAACUGAAAGUCAAUCUGUCAUUGUUUUCCCAGAACGAGAGCAAGCCAGGAAUUGAACAUGAGUGCAGGGCAAACCAGCCAAUGGAAAUGGGCAGUGAAACUGACGAACAAAUGCUCGCGUGAUUUCCCUGCUUUGAAGAGUCAAGUACAGCCACGAGAUUUGUCAGCCGGUGGUGGUGAGAAGGAAUUCGUCGUUAGAUGGACAAGAUCUGACGUUUCUGGCAGUCCUCAAGGCGCGAAACCGGUCACUCUAAAGGGUGGUACUUCAUGUUCGCCUGAGCAGCAUUCGCAGCGCCACUUGUCAGAAAGUGUUUCUAACGAAGGGCAAAAAUUAUUAUCAACUUCUUACUACGUCAACGUAUGUUGUGCAAGCUUCUGUACUGGUGAAAACUGGUCUAUAGUGAUCAUUCCAUUGUCCAAUCAUUGCCCUACGUUCAGCCUGCUGAUGGCAAUGAUGUUUUCAACAGGAAGUAAAAUACUGAUCUUGAACUGUAAUUAUGCUGAACUAUUGAUCGCAGGAGCAAUUCUUUUUGGAGAAUGGGUCUUCUUUUUUUACUCAGUGCUGUAAAUAUGUACAUAUUAUUUUCCGCGCACAGUUGCAUACAUGAAAGUCCAGUUUGCUAAACUGUGUGCUACAUAUUCGUAUUUCGUGUUAAUGUGAACACUAAACAAGCGUCUAUUUGUAACGUAGCGCAACAGUUUGUUCAAUAAAGUAUGACAAGACAGUGUUCAUAGC